CAUGGUCAACCAAGGAAGACAUAUUUUGACCCUAAGUCGAGAGCACUAGUGCACGUGGCUAGUAACAUGAUACACAUACAAACAACGGAAGGAGUCCAGAGUAAAAUUCCUAUUCCACUCUCUAGAACUUUAAUUCUUGAACCAGAAGACGGAUGGGCGGCUUUCCAAAUGCAGGAACUGGAACCACAACUUAUUAAGGAGAAGUCUCAGGAGACCGUCAUCAGCAAAUUGCCUUUGGAUCCUUAUACUCCCUCAUCGUCAGGCCACAAACCUGCAAAGAAAGACACUAGCGGGGUUUUCCCUUGGGAAGAAACGUUUGAGAACCUUUCCCCUGCGGGGAGUGAACUACUACUUGCGGUACUGCCUUUCUACAACCACUGUCAGAGAUUUUGGGAGAGCCGAACAGGGAGAACUCCAUUGCCAUCUUCCAUCGCCGAGCAGAGAGCCGAACCAACCUCCGGCGAGAUCUGCUCCUACUCUUUUUUGGGAUCGAUCUACUUCUUCACUGUUACCAUUAGCGGUUUUUCACACUAGAUCUAGGCAAUCGUAUACAGCUACAACAAAGGGUGCAGACAAGAAUGGUCCAAUUACAAUUUUUUCUAGUAUAGGGAUCAUUUCAUUAUUUGGAUGGGCAUACAUAUUGGCUCUUACUUUCAGYAUUCAGGUAUUAUUUCUGAACUAAUAUCCAAUUGUUAUUUUCCAUAUCUGAUACAAGAUUGCUAUUUUCAAUCCAAGAUCCAAGCUACUUAUAUGAUGUAAACAACGAAACUGUUGGAGCAUUUGUACCAGCCCAAAUACUUUAUGACGCAUUUCAUGGGAGGUAUCAUAAUGCCACAGGAGCAAUAGUUUUACUCUUUGUUAUCUGGGGAUCUUUCUUCUUUGGUGGCCUUUCAAUUACUACUAGUGCAGCCAGAGUGGUAAGUGAUGAAGGAAGAUUUGGCCCGACCUCUUGACCACUCAACACGUGGUAGAGGCAACAGCUCGGCACGACAGU